AUCUUCGCUGCAAUCAAUAUUGAAUCGACGGAUUCUGGAUUUUUAUUUUUAAUUUUUUUUUUUUUAUUUUAUUUAAUUUUUAUUUUGAAUAAUUAUAGGUGUGGUUAUCUGACAAUACGAUGGAACAAAUGCCGAUGUGGUGUCCUCCAACACCUCCUACUUCGGACAACGACGUGUACGUGGACUACUCCCUAGGAUUUUUGUACGAGAACACACCGAUGACUGAAGCGCAAUUGCCGCCAGUGUAUGUGAAGAAAGAGCUGAAGCGAAGUCGGACCGAAAUGACGCCGGCAGAAAGAGAUGGGCGACGUCCCGCUAAAAUACGUCAUAAAGAUGAUUCUUCAUUUGCUCCGAGAUCGUUAUUUGACCGCCCGACUCCUGCGUUGCUCAAAGCGCGCCGUGACAUGAAGCUCCACAAACACAGAGGAAUUCGUCCGCCGAUAACGAUCCCGGGGGUCAAGCCUACGGUUCUUAAGUCUAUUGAACCCGAGCCGAUGCUAGACUGGCUGGUCCAUGAAGAUUGGGCGCUGCUUCAGGCGCUACAGGUCUAUCAGGGCUUGGCGCUUAAUUUGAUGGUCAUUUCGCCGGCUCACACGCCUAAUUGGGAUCUGGUUGCUGACAUUGUUAACAAUAUUUCGAGGAUCUACAGGUCACCCAAACAGUGUCGGUAUCGGUAUGAGUGUGUUAUUGUUCCGAGAGAAGAGGGCAAAAUUAUGUAUGACACUACUCCUAAGAAACAAAAGAAACAGAAAGGAGUUAUGAAAUUGCCACAUGUUGUUGAGCAGCACAGCAAAACGAAUCGUCCGAUGCGUACAAGCCAGCUUUAUGAUCACGAUAAAAACAACUCAUUUACAUUGAUGUGUAUUCAGCGACUCGAUACUAUUAAAAUGUUGAUGGGGAAAAAAGGCCCGGGAACUACAAAAUCCCUGAUAGUUAGUAAUCCGUCAGCGACAAAUCCAAAGCAUGCAGCCGUAUUAGCUGAUCACGGUGUUCAAUAUGAUAAUCCUAUGUCACCACUUGAUGUUGCGAUACGUCGAGCUGACAGGAUUAGCAAAGAAAAAAGUAAAAAUACUAAUAUAUUAACACCUGACCAACAGACGGCAGCGCGAUUAGCUCAACAGCAACAAGCUCAACAACAAGCUCAAGCUCAAGCUCAAGCUCAAUUGCAACAAGUGCAGCUACAGCAACAAGUCCAGCAAUCUCAAGCAAGUCCGCAAGUCCAGACCCAACAGAUUCACAUAAAUCCGCAACAACAACAAAUUGUCCAGCAAGUGGCGACUAUAAACACAACAUCUCCACAAUUGCAGUCGCAAAUAGUCUCUGUGACCACAGCGGGGCCUACAGUUAAAACCACCAGCGUGACCAGUGCAGUAACCAGUGGAACUUCAGUGGUGACAGCUUUAAAAGUCCGUCAAGGCACUCUGCCGAUUCAGGAUGUAAGAUCCAACACAGCUGUUGUUAGUGUGGCGAAUCUCCAACCUGGCCAGCGGAUUCCUACAGCUAGCCUUGUGUCUGUAGCACAGUCGGGUACUCAGAAAGGGAUCGUGAGUGUCACGAUGGCUGCACCUCCGGGUGCUAAGCCGCUGACUCCCAGCCAGUUGCAGUAUUACGCUCGGCAGCAGCAAUUGUUGGUUCGCCAACCAUAUAGUGUAGCUAAUCAGCAACAACUUAAAGCUCUGCAAGCAGCAGCCAGUGGGCAGAAGGUUUCUGUUUCGGUCGCAGGAACUCCUCAGCAGCGAGCUACUCUGAUGAAACAGAGUGUCGUUGGGAACACUGUCGCUCAAGUAGCCGUCGGAAAAUCUAUCUCACGAGUACCGGAGGCAGAUAUGGCGGCUAUGAUUAAGCGACAAGUUGCGUUGCAGCAAGGAAAAGCUGUCGUGCAGAUGUCAUCACCCUCGGGACUGACUCCGCAUCAAAUACUCACGCAAGCUGGCCUUCAUGCACAACAGUCUGGAACUUCGACUAGUACUACUGGUGUUGCUAAUGCAGUUGCGGGUGGUACUCCAGUUACUGCGGCACUUGUUAAAGCCAGUAUGGUUCGCGGUGCUCCGACGUCUCAGCAUCUUCGGCAAAUUGGUAUGCAUCCUAUGAUCAAUCCUAAAAGAUUGACGGGGCAAAAGGUUACUCAGCUUACGCAAAUAGCGGGAAAAGUUGGCGUACAGGCCCAGUUUAUUGUUCCGCCUAAGAAUACUGUCACGGUUCAACAAGUUUUCAAAAAUGUACAGCCCUCGGCGAUGCAACAAUUUGCUCAGGUAUCAGCGGGAACUGGUGUGACGCCUUCAGGACAAGUCGUUCUAACAAAGCCACCAAUGCAAACUCGCGUAAUUCCAGUGACAGUUGCGGGAUCAAAUGCAUUGAAACAAACAAUCCAGGUCGUUGCUGCAAGCAGUGCACAAUUAAGACAAUCGUUACCGCAAGGUAAACCGAUUGUUACCACUGCGAGAGGUAGCCCAGGCCCCAGUCAAGUCAGACUGCAGAAUGUCGCACAUUCUAUGCUCCAACAACAGGCGCUCCAGCAGCAACAGCAACAACAACAGCAACAGCAACCACAACAACAACAACACCAACACCAACAGCAGCAGCAACCACAACAACCACAGCCUCAACCGUCUAAUAGUCAACAAGAUCCGUUAGCUAAAUAAAUUAUUUGUUUUGUUAUUUUAUUAAUUGACUUGAGAUUCAAUCUAUCAUGUCAUUUACGUCAACAUUCCAGUCACGGUCAUCAUUAUGAUUAUAUAAUGUAUAUUAAAUUGCAAUAUUGUUAAUACUAAGUUAAAUGAGUUUUUAUCUUUUAGGUUUUUAAGUUAAAUUGGUAACAUUUUUAAUAAAUAUUGUAAUUAUUAAAUCUAAUUAGAAGGAAAAAAUUUUUGUAAUUUACUGAUACGAUUAAAACUAAAGUCGACGGAUUUUUAAAAAAUUUAUUUUAUGUUGAAUCGUGGGACAGUUUUUUUUUUUACUUUUUUCUUUCAUUGAAACGCUUAUUAGUUUAAAUAAAUAAAUGAGUAGUUAGUUUUAUAAGUAAAUAAUUAUAAGUUGUAAUUACAUUUAUUGAGUGACUGUUAUUUAGAAUGCGAGGCUAUAAUUGACGUAUGGCUUUACAGUAAAGAAAUGUGUUUAAUUACACGAACAACUGACAGAUGAAUGUUUUUUUUUGCAUAAGUUUAACGCGUGCUGUGUUGAUCGAUGAAUUUUAAUCUAAUAAAUCCGAGGAUUUAUUCGUACAAAUGGUGUCCGGGAUUGUGUUGAUCUCGACUGGAUAUGUAAGAUUUAAAGUAAUUAAUAAGUAAGGUGAAGUGAUGAUUGAGUGGAUAGAAUAAUUAGAUAUUUAAUGUUCUGUAAAUCUAAAAGAUAAAUAUAAUAUAAAAUAAAUAAAUAAUAAAUAUCGUAGACUGAAAUAUUUGAUUAUUAUAAUUGCGUUGAAAUCAUCAUGUUUAAUGAUAUUUAUAAUAUCUAUGUAUGUACUAUAUUGAUGUAUGAUGAUUUAAAAAAAAAUAAAAUAAAAUUU